GGCUGGGGCGGAGCGGGCGGGCAUGGCCGCCCUGCGCACCCUGCUGCGGUGGCGCCGCCGCUUGGGCUCCGCCGCGCAGCCGGGGCUGCGGCGGUGGCGGCGGGAGCUGGGCUGGGCGGCGGGGGCGGCUCUGGCCGGGUACGCGGGGUACCGGCUGUCGGAGCGGCGGCGGGAGCCCUCCCGGGAGCCGGGCGGGGCGCUGCUCCCCAUCCCGGUGGCGGCCGCUGCCAAGGAGACGGUUACAGAAAACAGAUCAGACCCUGAAGAUUUACACCUUUAUGCAACUCCUCGAGAGCAGCGAUUUCGUAGGUUUGCCAGUUUGGAAUUUGAGGGACAGCUAUAUAUGACUCCAUAUGACUUCAUUCAGGCUGUCACAAGUGAUGAGCCCAAACGUGCUAAAAAGUGGCGAUCCCUCUCAAGGCAGGAACUGAAUCACAUCCUUAUGGAGACACCACCAGUUUGGAAAGGAUCAUCCAAACUUUUCCGUAAUCUUAAUGAGAAAGGUGUGAUAUCUUACACAGAAUAUUUAUUCCUCUUAUGUAUUUUAACAAAGCCUCAUGCAGGUUUUAGAAUCGCUUUCAACAUGUUUGAUACUGAUGGCAAUGAGAUGGUAGACAAAAAGGAAUUUUUAGUGCUACAAGAGAUUUUCAGGAAAAAAAAUGAGAAGAGAGAGAAAAAAGGAGAUGAAGAAAAACGUGCAAUGCUGCGUCUUCAACUUUAUGGAUAUCAUACUUCUACUAACAGUGUUCUUAAAGCAGAAGGAGAGGACCUUGUACCCAGAAGCUAUUGGGAUACUUUGAGACGUAGCACAAGCCAAGCGCUCUUUUCAGACCUUGCGGAGCGUGCUGAUGAUAUUUCAAGUUCACUGUCAGAUACCACACUGCUUGUACACUUUUUUGGCAAGAAAGGAAAAGCUGAACUGAACUUCGAAGAUUUUUAUAGAUUUAUGGAUAACCUACAAACUGAGGUUCUAGAGAUAGAAUUCCUUUCCUACUCUAACGGGAUGAACACCAUCAGUGAGGAAGACUUUGCCCAUAUUCUUUUGAGGUACACAAAUGUGGAAAAUACAUCAAGUUACCUGGAAAACAUGCGCUGCAGGAUUCCUGAAGAAAAGGGGAUCACAUUUGAUGAGUUCAGAUCAUUUUUCCAGUUCUUGAACAACCUUGAAGACUUUGCAAUUGCAAUGCAAAUGUAUAAUUUUGCCAGUCGUUCCAUAGGCCAAGAUGAAUUCAAACGUGCUGUGUAUGUAGCCACAGGUGUGAAGCUUUCACCACAUUUGGUAAACACAGUGUUCAAGAUCUUUGAUGUUGACAGAGAUGACCAGUUGAGUUAUAAAGAAUUUAUUGGCAUUAUGAAAGACAGACUCAAUCGAGGGUUUAGGGGCUACAAACCUAUACAGAGGUAUACUACUUUCAAAUCCUGCGUGAGGAAGGAACUCUAUAGCAGAUAAAUGACGGAGACUCCAAAGUAUGGUUGGAAGGAAUAUUACUCUUGUGUGAUGACUGUAACCAGUGAACAUCUCAGAGAUCUAUGGAAACAAUUUCGGAGACGAGAUAUGCUGAGAUAAAGAAAGAAGGAUUAUCUGCACUGGCUAAAACUAUUUAUUCCUAUGAGUUUUUAAUGAAGAACAAACCAACCCAGGUGAAUCAUGAAUCUCCCAGCUGCAGUAGAAAACACAAGACUUCUUUUUCAUUUAGCGUAGUGAACAUAACUCUUACAAGCACUUUUUAAGUAUGUAUUUUAUUUGAGCAACUACCACCUGAUAGGCAGCAGUCCUUUUUUUAAGAAUACAUUUUUAAUAUUAUUUUUUAUUAUGUUGAGAUAUGUUUGUCAUUUAAAAUAAGCAAAAAGUAAUUUUUACACCUGACUAGGCAAACAUUUUGGCAGUGAAAAGAAACUGCCCUACAUCUGCUUAGACUGUGAAUUUGCUUUCAGAAGAGCACUAUUAAAUUGGGAAUGAGAAUACACUAAGAAACAUAACAAUUAUGUACGAGUUGAAUGUGCAAAUUAAAUUCUUAGUAACAGCUUCUAACAGAGCUGUUACUUUAAAAAGAAUAAAGCCGUUACAGUUAUAAUGUGAAUUAUAGGUAUUUACCUAGGAAAGGUACUGUAUGGACUAUAAUGUUCAGAUUCUCCAAGUCUUACUAUUAUGUGUAUUAAUUUAUUCUUUAAAAAAAAUAGUACAGAUUUUAAGAUGUCUCAUGAGCCAUGUGUUGAAGAAAAGUCAAAAUGUUCAAAUUCAUGUUAAAUAACACACUUUGUAAUAUUUAUUAUAAAUUUUAUUGCCAUGCAUAUAAAUUCACUUAUAUAUUUCUGGUAGAGUAAAACUUCAUGUGUUUUUUUUGUGAAUAGUGCACUUCUAUAUAAGUAAGAUGUGGCACUGAGUAGAAAUUAUAGUUGUUUAAUUCACUAUUCUGGAAUGCAGUAUCUGAGAAAUAGAUAAAUAACUUGUGUUUUUGACAAAAAGCAAAACAAAACACAAAUGCAUGCAGCAGUACAGAGCAACACUCACUAAGUAAUAUUAUUUGAAUAUUAUACUUCAAAUAUUUGAUAUAAAUGAGGCCUUACGAAGGUAAUGGAGACUGGAGGCAGUCAGUAGCUACCAUGACCUUUCAUGCCCUCCUGUAGUUUUAGAUGUGACUGAAGCAGAGGUACAGGACACUGUCAUAUUUGGGUUUCAUUUUCUCUAAAUUUUUUCUUUGCUCUUCAGGAGCAGCGUUUUUCUUUGCUCCCCUUCAAGAUAACUGUUAGGUGGCGUGAAUUAAACCCAAACACACAGAGAUAUAUCCCUCUUGAAAAAAGUUCACUGAACAUUAAAUAAGUCUAUGAUCUAUUUAGGAACAACCUGUGCCUUGAAGUAUUUCUGAGUACAUGCACACUAAAACUAAUGUCACUAAAUUAUUAUCAGAAAGGCAAAUACUUGGUGGAGCCUGACAAUUAAAAUAGUUUUCAGUCUUUUAUUACUCCAAAUAUCUGUUACACUAAAUACAGUUUUGAAAAUUUUUCUGUGUGUCGCUCAAAUACUGUCUUACAUCAUAUGUGAAUAGAAAAGGUGUAUAGCAUCUCUGUAAGUACACUUACAUUUAGAGAUGUGUAAUUUAUAACAAGAUUUAUCUCUGCUAAAAAGAUAAAAAAAAUUAAAAGGAAGGGGUUUUUUUUUAAUUUUUUUUUUUAAGAAAUUCCACUCUAGGAAUCUUGGGGGGGGGGGGGGGGGGGGGGGAAGUGCUAGCUGUGGAUUUUAUCUGAGAAAAAGCCCUUUCAGAAAGCUUUUGAAGUAUGCUACUUUAGUUAAUUUUUCCUGAUAAAUACUUAACAGAUUUCCACCUUGGCAUCCUUGAACUACUGACAGCAAGAAAAAUCAAAUAAAUUGGGAUAAAGACACAACAGAAUGUGAAUAAGCUGCAAUCUCUGUGUGAUCAUUUAGGGAAUUAAUUAUAUUCAAUGUAUCAUUCUGGUAUGCAGAACUGUCUCGCUGCUUCAUGUCAGCAUAUGCAAAACCCGAUUUGUUAGUUCAUUGAAGGACAAAAGCUGGGAAGAAAGAAUAGGGAGUAUUAAAGGGAUUCCUUUCCUUCCUCUUUUCUCGGUACUGCCCAUUCACAGUAAUCCUCCCCUUGGAGGAAGCAGCAGCUCCAUCAUCAUUGGCUCCUCCACUGCCCUAGGCAAUAAUGCACUUUGCUUUUAUGACUAGCUUGAGACAAUUUUAUCAUUUUUCUAUAUAUUUCCUAACUAUAUUCAUUUACUAUAAAAUAGAAAGUGAAAGUGUCAGGUUAGUUUUUAAGAGUAUUUUUCUCAUGUUUAAUUAUAAGUUAUUUAAUAUAAAUAUGAAUAUAUGCAUAUAAUAUUCUUGUUUAUUUCAAAAUAAAUGCACUUGA